AUGGCUACCUCAUCGCGAAGUAAAAUUCCCUUAUGGAAUUAUUUUAAAGUGAGUGAUGAAGAUGUUGGCAAAGCCAUCUGCAUACUUUGCAAGAAGAUUUUGUCUAGAGGAAGUAAAGACGCACACAACAUGUCAACAACAAAUUUACAAAACCAUCUGAAAAAAGUACAUUACAAUAUACAUAGCAAGAUUCUUUCUCAGAAGAAAAUUGUUAACCACGAAUCUUUACCAAAUCCAAAUGAAAAGUCUAUAAAACAAUUUUGCACUACUCGAACAAUAUGCUCAGAUAGAACAAGCUCUGCUGAAUCAGUGCAAAUCAUUACCAGCUCUGCCACAGAUGAAACGCAGGGAAGCUCGCGUGUGUCUAAUAACACAAUUCCUUUUUUUCAAAAAGCAUCGACACAGGUCUCACUGCGGGAGAUUUUGCAAAGAAAAGAGUUGUGGCAACUUGAUAAUCCUAAGGCUCAAGCUACUACCAAGCUUAUUGGAGAAAUGAUAUGUUUAGACUUGCAGCCAUACUGUAUUGUUAAAGAUAAAGGUUUUACCCGACUUUUAAAGAAUUUAGCUCCAAACUAUACAAUACCUAGUCGAAAGUAUUUCUCCACAAAAGUCAUUCCACUGAUGUAUGAAACCAUAAAAGCCAAAGUAAAAUAUGAGCUUGAUCAAGCAGAUUUCCUAAGUUUAACUAAUGAUGGUUGGACCUGUCAGCACACAAUUCAAUCGUAUUACAGUUUAACAGCUAAAUUUGUAACGCAUGAGUUUACAGUUAAACAUGUCAUCUUACAAGUUACACACUUCCCUGAGUCGCACACAGGGCACAAUAUAAAUAAAUUCAUAAAUAAAGCGCUACAAUCAUGGGAAAUUCCCCAAGAAAAAAUUCAUGCAGUUUUAACUGAUAAUGCAGCCAAUGUAAUGGCUGCCAUUAAAGAGUCAAAUUUGGGCAAUAAACAUCUUCCAUGUCUGAUACAUACUUUACAACUUUGUAUUCAGAAAAAGAUCUUUAGAGAACAAAUAACAGCAAGUGAUACAAUAGCUGUUUUUCGAGCAUUAGCAGGACAUUUCCACCACUCAUCUAGUGCUGUGGCUAAACUAAAGGAAAUUCAAAGUCAACUAAAAUUGCCAGAGCAUAACAUAAUUCAAGAUGUUUCCACAAGAUGGAAUUCGACAUACUAUAUGCUUGAAAGGUUCAUUGAGCAGAAAAAUUAA